AUGGCCAGGGCACAGCUCAGCAACUGGCUGAUCCUCUGCGUGCUUGCUGGGUCCCAGAGGCUGACAGAUGAACAUCCUCACAGAAGGGACAGUGCCAGCACCAGCAUACCCCAUCAUGGCCCAGAGGACGCUGACAUCAUGUUAGAGAUGCUCUGGGGAGGACUGGAUAUGCAGGCCAAUGGGACAAUCCAGCUGUGGGAUGAGGAGCUGGCCUCCCUGCGCCCAGCGCGGCGGCUCAUGCACAUUUUAGAGGAUGAAGUUCCCAAAACACCGCCAGAGGUGGAGCAGCAUCUGAGAUACUAUUCACUGACUGAUACCCCCCUGCCUGCGCUGCAGUUUGACCGCCUUCUUCUCACCAGUGUUUACUGUGCCUACCAGGUUCGCUCCGUGCAGGGUCUGGAUAAAAAUCUCUGGAUUCGUUUUUUCUCUCAGCUGGUUGAUGAAAUUUUUCGUGACCUGUGCAAGGAGCUCUGCCCUGCAAAUACCACCCUCCUCCUGGCUUCCUGGCCCUGGCAGGAGAAGCCUUCGCAUUUGGCAUCCCUGAAACAUUCCUAUCAUUCUAACCUGGCCAGGACCAAGAGAGACACUUAA